UUAAACAAAAACAAAUCGGAGGUGAACUCUGGCGGUUGUGACGGAGCGUGUUUUUUAAAAAGACUAAAAAUCACAAGACAGGUUGUUCGUUUGCUGAUGCUGCUGCGCGCGUGCAGUCGAAUUUUAUAGAUAUAUCAACCAUACGGGAAACUUUGGACUAACGAAAAAUACACAUCGGAACUUACAGUUUUAUUUACUUAUUAUUUACAUAUUUUCGAUAGAGCGCGCGCGGUGGUAUUUCCCACAGUAAUAACCCGAAAUCACAGCCAUAAAAUAAAUUAAAGACGUUGCCAACGUUACGCACGCGUACAAUUACAAAUUUACACACAAAUAUAAAGCAAAAAGUGUUUUUAUAUGCGGAAAAUGACGAUCUGAGUGAAAGUGCAAGCAGAUCGAAUGAAAUACAAGACAAAUAGCUGAUUUUAGGCAAUAAUUUGUGCAACUACCUGUUCUGCACCAAAUACAUGUACAACAAAAACAAGUCUAACUGUUGCGCUCCGCCGGCUCUCUCCAUCUCACUCUCACCUAUGCUCGCGUGUGUGUGUUUCCACUUUUCAACUGUGUUGUGGCUUUUCGCCAAGUGCAAAUAGUUUUUUUCUUUUUGUUUUUAACCAAAUUCAUGUCCCGCUAACGGUUAAAGUUAGUCGUCUGCUCCAAUUGGAUACGCAAAUAUAUUUAAACAGCUGCAGUUUUCCUCCCCAAAAUGGCGCCUAUGCCCCGAAUUCAGUUGCCCAACGGAAAUGCGUCGAUAAAGGCUAACACAAAUAACUUUCUAUAUGCAGAGACGAUGUCCGGCGAUAGUAGUCCCACUCCCAGCAGCCCGCCUUCCAGCACAGCGGGCGUAGCCAAAUCCCAGUGUUCCUCGCUUUCGGAUGGCGAAUCCUUUGAGGGCUAUGGUGAGAACGAGUAUCCCACCCAACUUCGUGAAGGCCGCAGUUCCAAUUCCAAUGGAAGCGACAACAACAGCAACCUUAUUAAUAACAAUAAUGACAAUCUGAGCGUAGGAAACGCGAGCUCACAGCAUAACCACAGUGGGCACUCUAACGACGGAAAUAACAAUUUAAAUGGCAGCACUGGCAUCGAACUCGAUUUGGCCCCACAUGUCGGUUCAUCUACACCCCAAGAUGAUGACGAGCUGAACAUAAUGCCCCGGGACAAUUGGGCCAGGCGCAGUCUGAGACGUACUCCCACCAGCAAUCCCGAUAGUUUGUCCCAGCGUCGUUGGGGAUCCAUGAGACACUCCGGUCGCAGACAGAUUAGUUCAAAUGCCUUAGCCAGCCAACUCUACAGAUCAUCGAGCUUUAACUCAUCGGGCCGUAGCUCCAACUGUGAUACAACAGAAGACAUGUACAGCGACAUUAGCUUGGAGAAUCGUCAUGACUACGAUUACAGGUUGGAACUGCUACAGCGCAAGGUCGACGAUUUAUCGGAUACGCAGAAUAUAGCUGAAGAUCGGACGACCCGCACCAAGACCGAAUAUGCGGUGCUCCAGGCGCGAUAUCAUAUGCUCGAGGAGCAGUACCGAGAGUCGGAACUGCGUGCCGAGGAGCGUUUGGCCGAGGAGCAGAAGCGGCAUCGCGAGAUCCUGGCCCGCGUGGAGCGCGAAGCCUCGCUGCAGAACGAGAACUGUCAGAUGAAGAUCCGGGCCACCGAGAUCGAGGCCUCGGCGCUGCGGGAGGAGGCGGCCCGACUGCGAAUCCUUUGCGACAAGCAGGCCAACGACCUGCACCGCACCGAGGAGCAGCUGGAGCUGGCCCGCGACCAAAUCGCCGUCCUGCAGCAGGAGCACGAGGAGCAGGCGCAAGUGCUGCGCCGCCACGAGCAGGAGAAGAAGUCCGCCGAGGACCUGAUGGUGGAGCUGAGCCGCGAACUGCAGCGCGCCCGCGAGGAGAGCGGCGCCCGGGCGAUGCCCACCACGUCGCCGGAGAGCAUAAGACUGGAGGAGCUGCACCAGGAGCUCGAGGAGAUGCGCCAGAAGAAUCGAUCACUCGAAGAGCAGAACGAGGAACUGCAGGCCACGAUGCUGACCAACCAGGCCACCAUGCUGACAAAUGGCGUGGAGCAGGGUCGCCAUCUGCUGAACGGCACCCUCAACAGUCUGGCCCAGGAGCUCGAGGAGAUGUCACAAGCCCAGGAUUCUGUGGAUUCAGCCACAUUAGCAUCCUUAAGUCAGCUGCAACAGGCCUUCCAGGAGAAAGAGGACGAAAAUGUUCGGCUAAAGCACUACAUUGAUACCAUCCUACUCAACAUCGUGGAGAACUAUCCUCAGUUGCUAGAGGUCAAGCCCAUGGAGAGAAAGUAAAGCAGCCAAACGGAAGAACAAACCAACAAAUCCCUAGACACUCAAUCGAGCGCCGCCACCACCUAACAUUAACUAAAAUAAAUGAACUAACUAAACCAUACUUUAUGUUAACUUUUUAAGCUACACUCUUUACAUGUAUUUAUGCCUAACUUAAGUUGUAAUUUAUUUUAUAACAGUUUAAUGUAGAUUUUUAAACCAAAACAACACAGAAAGAGAACACAAAGAUUGCAUGUCAAAAUGAUGAAAAGUCCUUAAUUCGGUUAGGUAAUGUUUUGUAUAAAGAGAGUCAAAAAUUGUGUAAAAAUUUAUUUUCCUUCGUUUCUAGUUUGAGUUUUGUAUAGUGCGUGUUGUUGAUCCCAAAAGAUAUUACAUAUAAAUAUUGUUAGAUCUUAAGAAUUAUAAACCUCGUUUAACCUUUAUUGAAAUGGAGCCCAAUAAUUUAUUGAUCCAACAAAAAGAUAUUGUAAUUGCUUGGAAAAUCUGAUUACGAAUGUGUAUAGCAUUAAAUAAGGAACUUUUAUGGAGUGUUAAUGUUUGAUUGGAGAUAUGUUCCAAUUUUGUUAUGGCAGCUAAGAAGGUUUUUGCUGGCACAAAUUUCCCCUUUCGGCAUUCUUCAUAUAUUUUCUUUUCGAAUAUCCAUUCACAACUUCUUUCUACUCUACAUGUGUACACCCAAAAAAAUCUUUCUUAGUUUGCCUCUAAAGUAGUUGCAAGAAUCUAUCGAAAAAGUUGCGUUUAUGGUAUGGACAAUCCCAGGAUACGAAGGCGAAGUUUUAGUUUGAUGUGGAUCUAAAGGAAAGCAAUUAUCACUAGUAAAAGUAAUUCAAUUGAUAACUUAUAUCAUAACCCACAAACAUACAUAUGUCAAUGUAUAGCACAGUUAAAACUAAACUUAUUCUGCAUAUAUAUACCCAAAUAAAAUGGACGUAAAGUGCAAACAUUUAGGGAUGGCACAUCAGAAGGUCUCACCCAUAAACUCCAAACGAAAGCGAUCCCUAAUAGUCUAAGCAACAGAACAACUCAAGCGGUCAACCCUAAUUUAGUUAUGAUAAUAUCCAAGCAACACAAGAAUCGAGAUGAAAUUGUUAAUCAAAAUUUGAUUGCCUUAAACGGAAGUUUUUAAAGUGUUUUAAGGCCUAGAUAACUCUAACAAAAAAGUCCGUAACGUUUAAUGACAUACUGAGUAACAUUGAAUUUUAAAUGUAAUUUACCAGAUGCAAGUCGCAGAACUUAUAUCAAAAUAAAAAAGGAAUAUUUUAUAAACAAA